AUGGACCGAUACCCCUGCGUCAACAGAUACAAGCAUGGCGUUGACUGCCCUGGUUGGGUCAACGUUCAUGGUGCACGCUGCGAAGAUUGUGUCGUCUACAACCGGUAG